AUGGGUAGAGUUAGAACCAAGACCGUCAAGCGUGCCUCCAAGGCUUUGAUUGAAAAGUACUAUCCAAAGUUGACCAUGGAUUUCCAAACCAACAAGAGAUUGUGUGACGAAAUCGCUACCAUCCAAUCUAAGAGAUUGAGAAACAAGAUUGCUGGUUACACCACCCAUUUGAUGAAGAGAAUCCAAAAGGGUCCAGUUAGAGGUAUUUCCUUCAAGUUGCAAGAAGAAGAAAGAGAAAGAAAGGAUCAAUACGUUCCAGAUGUCUCUGCUUUGGACUUGUCUCACUCUAACGACGUCUUGAACGUUGACACUCAAACCGCUGAAUUGGUCAACUCUUUGGGUUUGAAGUUGCCAUUAUCCGUUUCCUCUGUUUCUGCUGUUAGAGACAGAAGAUUCAGAAAAAGAAACUAA